AUGAAGCUCCCUUUUCUCUCCAAGAAUAAUGCAAAUACGGAUCACUCAUCAAGAGCUUUAUGGCCUUGGCCUGCCUAUUGUCAGCAACCAAGAACCCUCUCUUUUAGUUUUAGAACUAGUGGUGGAAUGCUCAAGACCAUUAACCCAGGUUUCUUAGAUGCUACUAACACUGAUGUGGUGGACAGUACUACACCUGAGUCAUGGUUCACCAACUCCUGUGAGUCAGCUAGCUUCUCAACAGCAUCAGAUGAUGUGUCAGGAGCUGGUGAGUCUAUAGAGACAGUAAUCAAAGGCUUAAGGUCAGAGAGGCUGUUCUUUAAACCAGGGGAGACAAACUCAAUCUUGGAAGAAGCUAAGGCAGGUGGUGAGUUUCCAUUUAAAGAAAGUGUGGUAUUGUCAAUGGAGUCUCGAGACCCUUAUUUGGAUUUCAAGAAGUCAAUGGAGGAGAUGGUUGAAGCUCAUGGAUUAACAGACUGGGAAGGUCUUGAAGAGCUUUUGUCUUGCUACUUGAAGGUGAAUGGAAAGAGCAAUCAUGGGUACAUCAUUGGUGCAUUUGUAGAUUUGCUUGUUGGUCUUGCUAUGGCUUCUUCUUCUUCUUCUUCAAGUACUAUCACUACUGCUAGUACUACGCAACAUCAUCAUGAUUCUCCUUCUUCUCCUUUGUCAUUUUACACUUCUUCUGCAUCUUCUGAUGAUUCGUCUUCUACUCCUUGUUGUGUAUCCUCAUUAGGAAAUGAAGUUGAUAUAAUCAGUCCUUGUUUAACUUCAUUAGAAGCUGAAAAUGAGAUUAAAAAGUAUUAA